AUGAUGCGUGGGCUAAGCGGAUUUGGUUGGGAUCCGGUGCAAGAAUGUAGUAAUGCAGACAAGGCAGUUUGGGACGUAUUCAUUGCGCAAAACCCAACCUGUAAAAGCUAUAAGGGACUUACAUUCCCACAAUUCGAUGACCUUGCACCGGUGUUCGCCAAUGGACGUGCCACCGGAAGUGGAGGAAUCUUAGGAAAUGAUCCGGAUAUUAAUGUUGAUGCCUCUGAUAGUGGCUCGGAGGAUGAUGAAGACCAUCCGCUCUUUAUGGAUGGUAUGGUCCCUCCUGCAACGGAUGAAGACAUGUUUAAUAUCAUAAAUGAGGGUGUGGCAGAGAAGAAUCAGAACCAAAAGAAGAGAUCAGCCAAGACUACCCAUGGUGGAUCAUCAAAGAAGACGAAAGGUCCAGCAGCACCAUCUAAUGAUAAUGGCCCUGAAAUGUCUAAUGAAAUGGCACUAAUGAGGCCGCUGAUCAAGGAGUCAUUUGACACAAUUGCUAGAGCUCUAGGAGAGAGUGAGGAGCAUGAUAAAAUGCGAAAGGAGUUGAUGACAAAUUUGGACAAGCUUGAGGGCCUCACCCAACUACAGAAGGUGCAGGGAUUUAGGAGACUCAAUGCCACACCUUCAGAUUUGAAGAGUUUCUAUGAACUGGACAAAGGAAACAGGCUGACCAUUGUUCUUGAUCUGCUGUCAAAUUGA